GAUAUGGAGAAAAACAAGUUUCUAACAAGUCUAUUAGUUCUAAUACUUCUGUUUCCAUAUGCAAAUGCAACCAUGUCAGGGCCUAAACGGACUAAGGCAAGCAAGCACUUCGUGCUAGUUCAUGGGGCGUGUCACGGAGCCUGGUCUUGGUACAAGAUUGUAGCACUGAUAAGAUCUUCAGGGCAUAAUGUCACAUCUCUUGACUUAGGUGCUUCAGGGAUCAACAAGAAACAGGUCCUUGAAAUCCCAUAUUUAUCUGAUUACUUUAGUCCGCUAAUGGAGUUCAUGGCUUCUCUUCCAUCAUAUGAAAAAGUGAUUCUUGUAGGCCAAAGCCUUGGCGGAUUCGCCAUAUCUAAAGCCAUGGAAAGUUUUCCUGAGAAGAUUUCAGUUGCUAUAUUUGUCAAUGCUCUAAUGCCUGGUCCAAUUCUCGAUGCAGCCACCGUCUUUAAUGAGUCAUCCAGGGGAGUAGUAUUUAAACUUGAUAAUCGUGUUACAUUCGAUAAUGGACUUGCCAAUCCUCCAACAACCUUCAUCUAUGGUCCGAAGUACUUGGCGAGUUAUAAUUAUCCAUUGAGCCCAAUUCAGGACUGGGCACUGGCUACUACAUUAGUAAGGCCGAUUUAUUUUUUCAGUUUGAAUGACGUAUCAAAGGAGAUAGUUCUUUCAAACAAAAAGUAUGGAUCAGUUAGGAGAGCGUAUAUUGUGGCAGCUGAAGAUAAAGUUCUAAAGAAGAAAUUUCAACAGUUAAUGAUUGAAAAGAAUCCGCCAGAUGAAGUGAAAGAGAUUUCAGGAUCUGAUCACAUGCCCAUGAUGUCUAAGCCCCUUCAACUUUUUACUCAUCUUACUCGUAUUGCCAACAAGUAUAGCUAAGAGCUGUUAAUUAAGAAGAAUAAGGGUAAGGCUGAGAAUAAAAUUACUUCAGUCAAUCCAUAUAUCUGAUGCAUUGAUAUGGGGAUCUCAGUUCUUUCAUAAAAGUCCUAGUUUAUUUUAUAUUUCAAUCAUUUUCUUUCAGUUGUUAUUUCCUUCAUUGUAAUUUCAGUGUUUGGAAUUGACAUCAAUAAACAACCUCUAUUUCCCUAAUUACUGAUUUUUUGUUCAACACCAAACAAUUAAAUCUCAUCAAUGGGGAGGACAUAGAAAUUAAUU